AUGGCUAUACUACAAUGCUUCUAUCCUGUAUAUAUACGUUAUACAAGAUUGAACUACUUACCAUCAGGAGAGAGGGAUAAGAUUGUUAAUGUUGAUAUGAUAUUUGUAUCAACACCGGAAGAUUUCGCUACCGUUUUCAAGGCAGAAGGAAAGUACCCGGAUAGAGGACCAAUAUGGCCAUGGGUCGUUUACCGCGAACAACGAAAAAAAUCCAAAGGCGUCUUAAUCGGUAAGGGCGAAGAAUGGCGAAAAUCGAGAAGUGUGAUGGAUAAGAAACUACUUAAAAUGAAAGAUGUCAGCGCCUAUAGUGAAAGAAUGAAUCGGGUUAUCUCUAAUCUAAUAUUGUAUAUAAAACGAAAACAAAUAGAAGAUAAUCUCAACGGAGAAUUAGGCAAUCUGCAAGAUUCAUUAUACAAGUGGUCAUUUGAAACCAUUAAUAGCGUUUUAUUUAGUAAACUACUUGGAGCAUUUAAUGAGCCUCCUACUCCUAUUGCCGAAAAAUUCUAUAAGAAUGUCUGUAGUAUGAUGAAUGUUACUGGUCAACUUAUUUUAAUGCCACCAUAUUACAAGUAUAUCAAGACGAAGCAAUGGAAAGAAUAUUGCGGUUACUGGGAUACAUUAUUUGAGAUUGGUGGUCAAUUAAUCGAUGAAGAACGUAAUCGAUUAUUAUCUAGAGGAUUUGAUCUAUCAAGUAAGCUCGAGAAUAGUCGAAUGACUGAAGAUAUGGAAUUUUUACCAUAUGUAUUAUCACGUGGAGAAUUAAAUGAUGAAGAAAUCGCUGGUAAUAUUAUCGAAUUGAUGUUAGGGGGUGUCGAUACGUCUGCCAAUACGAUAAUGUGGGUACUAUAUAUUUUGGGCAAGAAUCCUAAUAUUCAAGAAAAGUUAUAUAAAGAAGUUAGCAGUGUAUUGAAAGAUGGGCAAUUUCCUGAUAGUCAUAGCGUUCAGAAAAUGCCUUACUUAAGAGGAGUAAUUAAAGAAAGUCAACGAUUAUAUCCUGUGCUGCUUGCAACAGCUCGUAUCCUAUCGCAAGAUGUAGUAUUAAGCGGAUAUCAUGUUCCUGCUAAGAUAUUUCUUAACAUUGCAGUUAGAAAUGAUUUUAUAUUAAUAACGGCGUAUAAGCUUUGUCAUGGACAAGAGUUACCACUAUGA